AACUUCGACGAGCUUGCGGUUUCAUUUAUCACUGAGACGCUCCAGACGAUGCAGCCAUCGCCUCGGUCCGACUCACCUCCCGCGGCUGCAGCGCCUAAAGUGCUCUUGGCCGCAAGACAGAAACGACUGGAGCAGCACAUCGCGGAGACGAAGGUGCUCAUGGCGAAGCUUACCACGGCACGGUCGAAGGCGGAGAAGGAGAACAUUCUCGGCAUGCUGCGAGAGCGGCAACGGUAA